ACUAUUCAAAAAAUUAUACAUCAAACUUCUUUCAAAGUAAAAAAAAAAAAAAAAACUUCUUUCUCCUUCAUUCUCUCUCUCGUCUCAUUGCUCCUCUUUCUCCCUGAAACCCUCCUCUGUCUCACUGUCGCACACCGUUGUUGUUCCCAAGUUCCCUAACCACUGUCGCCCCCCGGUUUUGGAUUUGCUAGAUGGCUUCCUAUAAGGAGUCGGACCCUACAUUAGGGUACUUGACAAAGAAAGAAACAGAAGUUAAGCUCCCUCGUGCGACGAGAGUUAAGAACAAAACUCCUGCACCUAUUCAGAUCACUGCUGAACAAAUCCUGCGUGAAGCUCGUGAACGCCAAGAAUCUGAGAUUCGUCCACCCAAGCAAAAGAUUACUGAUUCAACUGAACUUGCAGAUUACCGUCUUCGAAAACGCAAGGAAUUUGAGGAUUUGAUUCGUAGGGUACGAUGGAAUGUUACUGCAUGGGUUAAGUAUGCCCAAUGGGAGGAGUCCCAAAAGGACUUCAAACGUGCUCGGUCUGUUUGGGAACGUGCUUUGGAGGUUGAUUACAGAAAUCACACUGUGUGGUUAAAAUAUGCAGACAUGGAGAUGAAGAAUAAGUUCAUAAACCAUGCCCGAAACGUGUGGGAUCGGGCUGUUUCCUUGCUCCCCCGAGUGGACCAGUUGUGGUAUAAAUAUAUUCAUAUGGAGGAGAUGCUUGGCAAUGUAGCUGGUGCUAGGCAGGUUUUUGAGAGAUGGAUGCAAUGGCAACCUGAUCAGCAAGGAUGGCGCUCCUACAUUAAGUUUGAGUUGCGCUACAAUGAGAUUGACCGGGCUAGGGCUAUAUACGAGAGAUUUGUGGAUUGUCAUCCGAAAGUUGAUGGAUGGAUUCGUUAUGCAAAGUUCGAAAUGAAAAAUGGGGAGAUUGGUCAAGCAAGGAAUUGCUACGAGAGAGCAGUCGACAAGUUGGCUGACGAUGAAGAAGCAGAGCAACUGUUUGUGGCUUUUGCUGAGUUUGAGGAAAGAUGCAAGGAAACAGAACGUGCUAGAUGCAUUUAUAAAUUUGCUCUGGACCAUAUACCUAAAGGUCGAGCAGAAGAGGUUUAUAAAAAGUUUGUUGCUUUUGAGAAGCAGUAUGGGGACAAAGAUGGUAUUGAUAAUGCCAUUGUAGGAAAACGGAGAUUCCAGUAUGAGGAAGAGGUUAGGAAGAAUCCCCUUAACUACGAUAAUUGGUUUGAUUAUAUUCGGUUAGAGGAAAGUGUAGGUGUUCAAAAUAGAGUAAGGGAAGUGUAUGAGAGGGCAAUUGCCAAUUUUCCUCCAGCUGAGGAGAAACGCUACUGGCAGCGUUACAUAUAUCUGUGGAUCAAUUACGCUUUGUAUGAGGAACUUGAUGCACAAGAUAUGGAACGAACAAGAGAGGUUUACAGGGAAUGCCUCAAACUGAUUCCUCACCCAAAAUUCUCCUUUGCAAAGAUCUGGCUAUUGGCUGCUCAGUUUGAAAUAAGGCAAUUGAAUCUUGAUGGUGCGAGGCAGAUAUUGGGUAAUGCCAUUGGGAGAGCGCCAAAGGAUAAGAUAUUCAAAAAAUACAUUGAAAUAGAGUUGCAGUUGGGAAAUAUUGAUAGGUGCAGGAAGCUAUAUGAGAAAUAUUUGGAGUGGUCACCAGAGAAUUGCUAUGCAUGGACCAAGUAUGCUGAGUUGGAACGUUCUUUGUGUGAAACAGAAAGAGCUAGGGCUAUAUAUGAGCUUGCCAUAGCUCAACCUGCGUUGGAUAUGCCAGAGCUAUUGUGGAAGGCAUACAUUGAAUUUGAGAUAGCAGAGGGAGAGUUUGAAAAUACUAGAGCUUUAUAUGAGAGACUGCUAGACCGAACCAAACAUUUGAAGGUUUGGAUCAGCUAUGCGAAGUUUGAAGCUACUGCCGAGUAUAAUGGGGACUCAGACAUUUCAAAGAAGAAAUUGUGUGUUCAACGUACUAGACGAGUUUUUGAAAAAGCCCUCAGUCAUUUUAGGGUUUCUGCUCCUGAACUGAAAGAAGAGAGAGCUAUGCUCUUGGAUGAUUGGCUUAAAUUGGAGAAAGAUUUUGGGGAUCUUGGUGAUGUCAGUUCAGUUCAAGCUAAGAUGCCAAAGAAACUCAAGAGGAAGCGACCUAUAGAGACAGAGGACGGUACAACCGGGUAUGAGGAGUACUUCGAUUACAUGUUCCCUGAAGAAGCACAAACUACAAACUUGAAGAUCUUGGAGGCGGCUUAUAAGUGGAAGAAGCAAAAAGCUUCGGCUGAUGACGAUUAGCAGCAUUUCCUCUCUCCCUUGCCUCUCUAUAUUAAUUCGAUUUUCUAAUUGUAUAAUUUUCUGUUUAAUCAUUGUAAAUUUGAUUCAUAUGGAAUUAUAAGGAAAGGGUUUCCUUUCAUGUGAGAAUGUUUGCAGAAGUUGAAAAUUUUGUCAUUUAGAAUUUCUUUCAAUCCUGUUGAGGUUUUGCCUCUACAAGGCUACACUCUAGCUUUGGAGUCACUUCCCG